AGGGUCUUCAAAAUAUUGAACCUGAAAAGUUCUUGUCUGACAUUCAUCUGAAGUCAUUUCUUUCGAAUCUUCUGCUUGACAGAGACAACAGAAUGAAAUUUUACCACAGAAUAACUUUGGCACUGGCAAUGAUAUGCCUUUUUGGGGACAGUGGACUGGGACUCCCAGCCAAAGGCAGGGUGAAAUGCAAGCCGGAUGAUAAGUACUCAAACUGUGUCCAAGAAAUGAGCCCCUUGGUGCCCCUAUCAGGGCAACACUCUCGACUUCCACCUUCUGCUGCAAAACACAUAUUCCCAGUUAGCAAAGAGGAAGCCACUACUGAGAUGGAGGAGCAGUCAGGGGAGGGUUCAGGUAACUCAGACGCCUUCCCUCCUUUUAUCAGCAUGGAUCAGAAGUUGACGAGAGACACAAGAAGUCUCGAGCAAGAAGUCAACAAGAAUGAAGAAGAAGGGUCGACUGAGUCCAGUGGAGACAUUGAUUACUCUGAAUAUGUAACACCUCAGAAAAUAGAUUUGCUUUCUAAAGAGGAUUUGAAAGAGGAAAACAUUAUUGCAUAAAAAGGGCUACAUUAGAUUUCAUGUGCUUUUUUUUGUUUGUUUGUUUGUUUUAUUUGUACAAUGUGAACCUUACAGGAUGCUGCUUUUUUGGUCACGGAUAUAAUUGAUUUAUUCUUAAACUGUGACAUGCUCUGUAAAAGUCUAUUGUAUUCCAGUUUGCAUUUGUAAGGAUCUAUUUUUGUUUGCUCUUGAACUUUUAAACCUUUAUAUUAUUAUUUUAUUUACUCUUAAUGUCCGCAGCUAUGAUCUGUAUUAAAACAAUAAUUUAAAUUCUAAAUUCAGCAGGGGCAUGUUAAAUAAAGUGUUUGGAUAGCAAGAAGUAUAUUUUGUACAAAUAUUUUUUUGCCAUUUUUUUAUUUGUAAUAUAUUCUGGACUUUCAAAAAAACAACAACUGUUGAACUAUAAA